AUGAGCCCGGAAACCAAGCUCGUCGCCAGCAGUACCUACCGCCCGAUCACUGAAACCCCGGGAAUGGGUUUUCUUCAUAGGAAGAAGGGCAAGACUAAUAAAAAAAAAGAAUCAUCAGUCCCUGUAAAGAGCGCCGGAAUCUCUGAAAACACCGGAAGGCAUACGAUAGUCCGCAGAACGGUGAGAGAUAGGUCGUUGUCGAAUCUCCAGGUCGAACCAGGGUCUGAAAAUAAAACAUCUCAUGUCUCUGCGGACCAUGAUAGCGAAAACGAAGGAGGCUUUGGUAAAAAGAGAAGAAAACACUCAAGUUCGCCCAGUGAACCGAAAUUCAAGACUUCUGAAGUUGUGAAAUCGAAACUCGGGCCUCUGAAUAGUCGCAACGACAGUAACAGAGCGGUUAAGAAUACAACAGGCCAGAAAAACAUAUCAUUGGGAAAUUUGCUACAAAGCGAAUCUCCGAAAUCUGCAAAAGAUGUCGAAGUAAGUCCUCGAGCUUCCAAAUUGAACAGGAAGACGAGCAGCUUGCGAGUUCACUCCGAAAGCAACAAUGGAGACGACGAGCAGAAAGAAUCGAGCGGCAUUUUCUCGUCUAUUUUUUCGGCUGCUCACAAUGCUGCCAACCACCUUCUACCAAAAUCCAACAAUGACAAGGCUUCUUCGUCCUCUCAACACACAGUCGAGCUUUUACCAGCUGUUCCUGCAGCUCAUCAGUCAGAGGCUCAAGAAAAUGCUCAAAACUCUUCAUUUUUACAGCAUUUGGACUUUUUGCUUGCUAGUGGGCCAAUGGUCCAAAACCCAGCUUCCAAUAACCUACUUUCACCACACCACAAUCGAAGACCGUCAAACAAAUCGUCCGUGAGUUCUGUGGGAAGGCCAGAUUCGGAGUUUUCGGGCGCUCCUAGUAUUGUCGUCAACGAUGCUGAUGACAAUACUUCGGGUGCUGAUACGGACUUGGCAUCUGUUACAGAUAGGAUUCACUUUCGCUCACGAAAGGGUCGUUCUCCUAUUGCCACUCUAGGCAGGGGUAACUUAACGCUGGACGCACUGGCCAGCACUAACAUAAGCGACACGUCACUGGAGGAAGAGUCCUCACUGAAUGAGAACGAAAAACGCUCUUCUUUUCCUCGGCGCGGCAGGUCCAUAAAUGCAUCCCGACAAAAGGAGAAGGCUCUCGACAAAUACGAUAUUGAAACGAGCUUAGGAGAGAAUAAUGCCAUUUCUAUAUCCCCGGCUAGAAGCGAUCCUGUCGCCAAUAGGGAUUCUUCACUGGAUAAAGGCACCUCUAAGCACAACCAUUUCGCGGCUAACAAGCUUUCAAGUGAGAAUAAGGCACGCAAACGGGCCAGCACUUUGAGGCCUAGGUCUCCAAAUCAAUUGUCACUGCGAACAGUCUCCUCAAAGGGGGUAAGAAACUCGUUGCAACGGAACAGGUCUUCAAGCCACGGAGAAAAUGGCCGUUUUGGUGUCGCUAGCGUGAAUUCCAAUGAUAACGCUUUCUCAGUAACAGAAGAAAAUGGUAAGCACGGUAGCAAAAGUCCUCGUGCGUCUGUUCAUAUCUCGGAGAGAAAACUUAACGAAUUUCAUGUUUUGUUCAAAGAUUCAGGCGUUUCAGCAUCUGAGGAGCUAUUGGCCGACUACAGCUGUGCCUUGUCUCGCGACAUUUUAUUGCAUGGGCGAAUGUACAUUUCUUGGGAACAUGUGUGCUUCAACUCUAGCAUUUUAGGCUGGGUGACGAAUGUCAUCAUUCCUUUCAAGGAGAUUGUACAGAUUGAGAAGAAAUCUACCGCAGGUAUAUUUCCCAAUGGGAUCGUUUUUCAAACGUUACACUCAAGGUACACCUUCGCAUCACUUUUGUGCCGGGAUUCCGCCUUUGACUUUAUCACCGGAAUUUGGAACAAGACUUUACAGGGGUCCGACGAAAAGGUACCUGGAAGUGGGCUAGAAAGUACCCCUCCGAAGUCCAGUAGCAGUACCAUAAAUUCUCAUUUAGGCCCUGAUGGCCAUGUGUCCGACAAUACAUCGUCAGAUGGCUACUCCAGUGGAGCCGAGACCUCAGAAGAAAGUCUAACAGACAGUGACUCUGAGGACGAUGAUAGUAUGGGCAGCCACCCAGACCCUUCAGAGAUAGCCAAUGGCGAGUUCAGACUUAGCAGAAAGAAAAAACUGCCGGUAUUGGGCCCUGUAGAGCACGAGCCCACCUCUAGUGACCAUCUUGCUACGGCAACGGACAGAGUGGUUGCUGAGACUGUUUUUGAAGCUCCAUUAGGCAAAAUUGUCAACUUACUCUACGGAGAUGACGUUUCAUACACAAGAAGGAUAUUGGAAGCUCAAAAGAAUUACAACAUAUCGAAAAUUACGCCCAUAAUCUCAACUCAAGAAAGGAGUUUCAGCUACGUGAAACCACUCAGCGGCUCUAUCGGCCCGAGCAAAACAAACUGUGAAAUUACAGAAACUUUAGAGCACUAUGACCUCGAAGACUAUGUUAAAGCUGUUCAGGUCUCGAAGACUCCAGACGUGCCGUCUGGGAAUUCUUUUGCAGUCGUCACAUCCUAUUAUUAUUCUUGGGCACCUCGGAACUCCACGAAGCUAAUAGUUGCUGUAAACAUCAAGUGGACGGGCAAGAGCUGGCUCAAAGCCGCGGUUGAGAAACACACGUUUGAUGGUGUAACGACGACAACGAAGGCCAUGAUCGAAGAAAUCAAUAAAAUUAUUCACAAGAUGGAUGGCAAAGGAAGCAAAGAAUCAAGCGAGCCACAAAGUAGUGACGAAGUAUCGAAUAUUCCAACGGUGGGACCUCGCCAACAUGCUAACACCAGUCCUGAUUACACAAAAGAAGAUGGCGACGUCGUUAUUACCGAUAGUUUAACCGUAGCGGCUCCCUUGGGCACGGUUUAUCAGCUGCUAUUUGGAGAUGACACAUCUUACUUGCAAAGAAUUAUCGAAAAGCAAGGCAACUACGAUAUUUCAGCGUUGUCUAAAUUCAAAAACGGCACAAGAGAGUAUCAAUACACCAAACCUUUAAGCGGCCCUGUGGGCCCUAAAAAGACUAAGUGCUUUAUUGAAGAACGCAUCGAGCGCAAUGACUUGGAAAAUCAAAUAAUCGUUCGGCAAAUCACGAAAACGCCCGACGUACCGUCAGGUUCAUCCUUCUCUAUCAAUACUAAGUUCUACUUGUACUGGGGCUCAAACAAUAGCACUCGCAUGCUGGUAGUUUCUAACGUGAUAUGGACGGCAAAGAGUUGGAUCAAAGGCGCCGUUGAGAAAGGUUCGCUUGAUGGACAGAGGAUUUCCAUUGGCGUAUUAGAACAGGAGUUGAAAGAUAUUGUCGCGGAUGCCGGAAUCACCAAGAAGGUGCCUGCGAAAAAGGCGGUUAAGACCAGAUCAAAGAGAUCUAAAACACUCAAUGGCCCUUCCAUGCCAGAGAGUCCCCCACGCUCACCAGCAGCACAGAUUUUAGUUACAAUAUUCAACGGUGUCAUGUCUUUGCCUUUGAUGUACCAGGCUAUAGCCGUUAUUUUCGUUCUUGUCGUGAUCAUCAUUGCUAUAGCGAGGUAUGGAACAAGCAGUUCAAACGGGUUCAGUAUUGUUGAGCCAGGUCGUAUGCUCAUAGGUAGUGAUACCUAUAACUACGCACCAACUCUCAACACGCUAUACGGUGCGUACGAACGGGAAGUUCGGGCUUCACACAAGUCUCCCAAGACGUGGAACGUGGUGAAAAAGUCUGAGAGCGAAUUAUGGGAGUGGGUAAAAGAUCGCAGCACUAUCUUACAAGAAAACCGCUCUCAAGUGUACAACAAAAAUUGGUUGAAUACUCACACGCGCCAGGACUUGGAGGAGACCAUACGGCUGGCCGAGGUAAAGCUCAACGAACUGAAGUCCCUCAUGGACAACAUAAGUUAA